AUGCUAAGCAGGAAGUAUGCUCGCAAGGUCCCUGAGAGUUCGAUAACCCAACCUAAGUUACCUUUAUGGUACUUACCCCACCAUCCCGUAAUCAAUUCAAAUAAGCCCAGCAAAAUUCGCGUGGUUUUCGAUUGUGCAGCAGUUUUCCGCGGGACGUCACUCAAUAGUCAACUAUUACAAGGUCCAGAUCUAACAAACAGUCUUGUUGGAGUUUUAAUUCGCUUCCGAACGGAUCCUGUGGCCUUGAUGGCGGAUAUAGAGGCUAUGUUCCACCAAGUCCGCGUUACACCAAGCGACUAUGACGCAUUACGAUUCCUCUGGUGGCACCAAAAUGAUCUUGAUAAAGAACCCCAAGAAUUCCAGAUGAUGGUUCACCUUUUCGGCGCAACGUCCUCCCCGAGUUGUGCGAAUUUUGCACUCCGAAGAACCGCCGAAGACAACUCAGACGACUUUGGUGCUGAGAUAUCAGAUAUAGUAAAACGGAACUUCUAUGUGGACGACUGUUUAAAGUCUGUUAAAGAUGACGAAGUGGGCAUCAAAACGGUGAGCUGUUUGACCCAGUUGCUAGCCCGGGGAGGAUUCCACUUGACGAAAUGGGUUUCAAAUUCAGCAAGAGUGAUUGCGUCGGUGCCUGAAGAUGAAAGAUCUGGAUCUGUAAAGGCUUUGUGUUUUGGCCAACCAACGGUUGAACGAGCACUAGGAGUUAAAUGGGAUGUCGCGAGCGAUCAGUUUGGAUUCAAAGUAAUCAUCAAUGAGAAGCCAUCAACUCGAAGAGGGAUACUUUCAGUAAUCAGUUCAGUCUAUGACCCUCUUGGGUUCACAGCCCCAUUUAUUCUUCCCGUGAAGAUAUUGAUGCAACAUCUGUGUCGACGAAAGUUGGGAUGGGAUGACCUAAUUGAGCCCGACGAUAUGGCACGCUGGAACACUUGGUUGAAGGAAUUGCCAAAGAUCGAACAGCUUCGCGUCCCAAGAUGUAUCAAAUCCUACUACGUCAAUCCAAUAGUUCAGACGCAGUUACACAGUUUCGCAGACGCUUCGCGACGUGGAUAUGGGGCAGCGAGUUAUUUGCGCUUUGAAGAUUCGAAAGGUAACAUCCACUGUUCGUUCGUGAUGGCUAAGUCAAGAGUGGCUCCUCUAAAGGAAACAACCAUUCCACGACUGGAAUUAUCCGCUGCUGUGGUUGCGACAAGACUCGACAAGAUGAUACGAAACGAAAUCGAUAUUGAAAUCCAUGCCUCCAUCUUUUGGACAGACAGCACCUGUGUUCUGGGGUAUCUGAAUAACACAAGCAAGAGAUUCCAGACAUUUGUUGCGAACAGAGUUGCCACCAUUCAUGAAACAACCACGCCUGAGCAAUGGAGACACGUGACCAGUGAAGAGAACCCGGCUGAUGACGCCUCACGAGGAUUAUCUGCAGAUUCCUUGUUACGCAGUAAUCGUUGGUUGAAUGGUCCCGAAUUUUUAUGGAAACCAGAGAAUUAUUGGCCAUGUCAAAUCAACCUGGCCGUUGCAGUCAGCGAUGACGACCCAGAAGUCAAGAAGAAUGCCCAAGCCUUCUCUAUUGAAGAUAGUUCACACGCCACAGUUGAAGGAAUUAUCGAGAGAUUUUCGUCAUGGGAGAAGCUGAAAAGAUUCGUUUCAUGGAUACUUCGAUAUCGUGCCAAUUUAUCGAAGGCUGUCAUGAGAGCUAAGACUAACAGAAACUCGGAUAUUUCGACUCCAGACUUCAGACCACUCGACCUGGAUGAAAUGCAGCAUGCAGAAAAGGAAAUUUUAAAAUAUAUUCAAGGAAGAAGCUUUCAAGAGGAGUUAGCUCGUCUUAACUCCGUUGAUGACCAGUCAGCAAAGUCGUUGAAAGGCCAAGUUAAGAAAAGUCCCAUCUACAAACUUGACCCUCGGUUGAAGGAUCAACUCUUGCGAGUCGGAGGACGCCUAACGAAUGCCCCCAUCUCGGAGGAACGGAAACACCCCAUCAUCCUACCAAAGAAUUGUCACAUUUCCACCUUGAUUGCAAGGUAUUACCACCGGUUAGCGGGGCACAGUGGUUUAGAACAUGUUCUGUCCUUGAUCAGAGCACGCUACUGGAUGAUCGGAGCGAGGAAGACCUUAAAAAAGAUGCUAAACAGCUGUGUGGAUUGCAAAAGAAGACAAGCAGCAGCAGGUGAACAAAAAAUGGCGGACCUCCCAGAGCAUCGAGUCACGCCAGAUAAGCCGCCGUUUACCUUCGUUGGGGUGGACUGCUUUGGUCCAUUUGUUGUGAAAAGAGCACGUAGCCUGGUGAAGAGAUAUGCCGUUUUAUUCACUUGCUUAACCAUCCGAGCUGUUCACAUUGAAGUGGUGCAAAGCCUCGAUACCAGUUCGUUUCUCAACGCAUUGCGUAGAUUCAUCGCCAGAAGGGGACAACCUGAAGUCAUUAGAUCUGACAAUGGCACUAAUUUUGUCGGCGGAGAAAGAGAAAUUCACAGUGCAAUCGAUGAUUGGAACCAACAGAAAAUUCAACGAUUCCUCCUGCAGCAAAACGUCAAGUGGAUCUUUAAUCCUCCCUCAGGAUCUCACCAUGGUGGAGUUUGGGAGCGCUGCAUCCGAACUGCCCGUAAAAUAUUGUUGGCCCUUUUAAAGCAACAGACUGUGGAUGAUGAAUGCCUUACAACUGUUAUGUGCGAGGUUGAAUCCAUUAUGGACAGCAGACCAUUGACAAAGGUAUCUGACGACCCAAAUGACCUAGAAGCCUUGACGCCAAAUCAUUUGCUUCUUUUACGCCCGGGACCAUCGCUACCCCCAGGAGUUUUCCAAGAAGCUGAUUUGUAUUGUAAACGUCGAUGGAGACAAGCUCAAUAUCUCUCGGAUGUUUUUGGCGCCGCUGGCUGA